UUAAAUAGCGUGACAACAUGUUUCUGCAAAGAAUCACCGCGUAAGAAACCACGAGCGCUAAUUCUUUGUUUUGUCGCGGGCAUGCACGCGUACUUGUUGUAUACCCUACUCCUAUCACUUUAUAUUAGCACAUCAAUUGCUGGGGCCCAGCGCGAGGCCGAGCGCGCCGGAGGCGAAGAUGGCGCCGGGCCCCUGUACAUCGUUCCGAUACUCUGGCACGGCCCAAACAACCAGAUCACUACAAUCAAGGAGGCGAUAUCACUAGCCCACCUGCUGACUUCUGGCGACCGGAGGCGCGGCCAAGCAGGCAGCAGGCGUGUUGUGGUCGCCAUUCCCGACCUGCAAGAGCACAAGUUCUCAGACGGCGGCGCUCGCUUCAUGUUUGCCUCCGAGCUGUUUGACCUGGCGGCGCUGACGGCGGCGGGCGUCGACCACGUGCCGCUGGCGCAGCUGCGAGGGCUGGUGGAGACAGGGGCGGGAGGGGCAGGGAGCGAGGCAGGGAGUGAGGCAGGGCAGGGUCGGGGCAAGGGGCGGAGGCGGCAGCAGCAGAUAAGGGAGCAGCAAGGGAAGCGGAGACUGCAGUGGGAAGCGGGGCAGGGGCAGGGGCAGGGGCAGGGGCAGCGUGAACGCCAGCGGCGACGCGCGCAGCGGGAGCAGGAGGAUGAGCAGGAGCAGGAGGAGGAAGAGGAGGCGGAGGAGCAGCAGGAACGGGAAGCGGAUCAGGCGGAGCCAGAGGAUGGCGGCGUUGUGUGGGACGGGCGGCUGGACGCGGUGUUGUUCUUCAGAGACACCGAGUUCCCGCCGGUGCAGUCCAUGCUGGACGACAUGGGCGUGGGGCUGCAGGCGCCCGGCCGCGGCAAGACCACCUGGCUGCGCUCGCCAGUCAGCGUGACGCGCGGAUGCAGCUCUACCCAGGUGGCGGAGCUGCGGUCCAUGCUGCGGCCGUACCGCUUCGUGGCCAUGUUGAGCUAUGACGACUUUGCGCUGCAGACACACAAGCUGGCGGGGACGCUGCUGUCCGACUGCGGCGCCGACCUGUGCUGUGAGGCCUACAAAACACGGAGCCCGCUGUUCCACAAGUCGGAGCUGAUCUACGGGCUGGCUGAGGACUUUGUGGGCAAGGCAAUUGGCAAAGGAAAGCCCUUCAUCGCGGCGCACAUCCGGCCCAUGCCGGAUCCAUGUGUGGUGCUGUGGCAGUCGCCUAAUGAGAAUCUGGAUCCAAAGCAGCUGGAGGACACCUGCCGUACUGAUUUCAUGUACUACAGGUUCGUGCCCAACCUGCAGUCGCUCAUGCAGCAGCACCCGGCCGCCCGCACCGUGUUCAUCAUGACGCACCCGCUCAUCCGGCCGCGCGUGUUCCGCAUGCUCCAGGCUGGCGGCAUCAGCCCGGUCUUCAUAGACAUGGCCCAAUUCAACGCCAGCGUGACGGCGGCCGAGGCGGGCAGUAGCAGCAGCAGCAGCAGCAGCAGCAGCGCCGGCGGCAGUAGCAGCAGGAGCAGUCGGGCACCAAUGCGCACAUCCAUGUCGAACAGCCUCUUGGCGAUGGUGGAGGAGGCGGUGGCCGCCACGGCGACCGUGUUCCUGGGCAGCGGGGAGAGCAGCAUGACGGGCAUGAUCGUGCAGGAGCGCCUGGCCCGGGGAAUGGCUCCCGAGUCCACCUACUUUAUGUCGCCGCACCCCAACUGCACCGUGACGCCCUGCGCUCUGAGGGAUUACUACACACGCAGGGCGGAGCGGCUGGCGAGGCAGGGCACGCUGAAGGCGAUGCAGCCUUAAGAGGUCACGGGGUCGGCGACCUGCAGUGCGAGGAGCGGUACAAGUUCAAGGCAAGCAGUGGCGGCCGCCGCCACUGCGAGGCGCGGGCUGGGCGUUGCUGCGCUGGGGCGCAUGCGGCGGCUGCUGAAACUGAAUGUGGGGCUGCGGGGCUUCAGUCAUGACAUGGACAGCGACGUCGAAGCUUGAUGAAUGCGAUCUGCCAUGGCUGUUCUGGUGGGGCUGUACAAUGUACGUCUUCGUGCUUUGCCAGGUGCGUUGCUUGGGGUUUAGGCGGGGCAAAAUCUUUCAUUGGAAUCGGACAGCUAAAGGUCAGGCCUUUUGCUUUUGGGGAAGGAGAAGGCGAGGCCGCGGUAAUGGCGUGUGUGACGUCCGGCAGUGCGUUUGGCUGGGAUGGGGCCUUGGGGCUGGAAGUGAGGUGAACGCCCUUCGGGCCCGAGUUUGGGACCUUUGGCGGUUUGGCCUUUGCAGUUGAAUUGCAAAAGGCAAGGCACAGGCAUCAGCUGUCAGGUGGUGUCAGAGGCAAGGGCUGCACUAAGGCAUGCAUAUGAAACAGAAGCGGGAUAUGGCAGGGUAGCCAUACCUGGUUGGACCGGUGGGCUGAACGGGUUGGGGCGCAUGUGGAACUGGGACUGCGGGAGGCGCAUGCAGGACCACGUGGCGUACAUGCCGAGGGCGCUGGUGGUGAUGGGCCUGGGCAACUAUGACUACCCACUGCGGCCUAGGACUUAUGUCGGCAAGGGCAACGACGCAACCUGCGCCCUCAAAUGUCUUUAGACUAUUUACGGUGAUAAUGCCUGGAUAAUGGAACAAAACAGGGGUAGAUCCCACGGUUGGAUCCAGGCAGAUCAGGCAGAGUGGCUUCGAGCCUUAAGCCUUAAGGUACCCCGCUCAACCCCAACACUAAUGUUACUAUGGUCCCUA